UUGUGUCGACUUGUGUCGCUUGCUGGAAAGCACGGAAUGUCUAUGGCGCUGGGUUACGAGAAGGCACGAGAGAGAGAGAACGGCCGCCCGGAUACGCGGUCGGUCGCCAUGGAGACGACGAAAGCGCAGGGUCGCACUCGGCGAUCGUCAAAGUCCCUAAACGAACGUAACGGCCCCGAGUCCCUAGACUGUCGAGCGACGCGGACGAUUGUCGUGGCCGUCAGCGGAAUCCCGACGAUCCGCGAUCGCGUUUCAUGCGGAGACGGUGUACCCGCGAGCUAUCGGAUUCGCGUAACGGCGAGCGUCGCGACGCGUAAAGAGAAAAGGAGACAAAGGAGAUCGCACCGAGGCGACCCGCGGGCAGUUCCGGGUAGCGGAAAGACGCGCGGGGCCCCGACGACAGGCACGACGUCGCGACGGCAUCCCAAAACAUGAAUUUGCUCCGUGGCCGCGACUGAUACCCGACCUAUCUCUCUGUUUCUCCUACUUUGCUCUGCUUCUAUUUUUCUCUCUCUCUCUCUCUCUCUCUCGUCUCGCACGAGGAAGCGGAAGCGGAGUCGACAGCGCGUCGCCGGAGACGCGGGGCCGACGGCUCCGUCGCCAUCGUUGGGGGUGGUCGUCGUCGUCGCCGUCGCCGCACGUAUAUACGUACGUACGAGAGUGGGCACCGUGCGAACGCACGUUCACGUUGCGUACGCACACGCCACGGGCCACACAGGGUAGAGGGAAAGUGCGCGCCGUCGGGUCGCGUCGCGUCGCAUCGCACCUCAUCUCAUCUCUCAUCGCAUCGCAUCGCGUCGCACUGUGCCGUGCUGUGCCGUGGCGAUCCUCCCGAGCCUCGUUCGGAUACUGUCCAGCCAUGAUAGCUACCGCGAGCGCGUCUCCGCCGCGACGCGAGAGGCACGUCGCCGCGCCGCUCUAGCUUUAGGGGCCCGACCGACCGCAAGAUGCGAGAGGUCCGUUCUCGGGAGAGCAUCCUCGCGUGAAAGUCAGCGUCGCAGAAUGGUGGUGGACUACUGCUUGUCGAUUCAGGCCUCAGCAACUGCAGUGAGAAAGCAGGAGCGAAGGUUAGGUGGCACAGUGGGUGCAAAGAUGCAACCCAACAGUGGUGGAGGAUGUGGAAUGACACCCAAAGAGCUCUCCGACAAUGACGACCUGGCUACGUCCCUCGUGCUGGAUCCCUACCUAGGAUUUACCACCCACAAGAUGAACAUCAGGUACAGGCCGUUGAAGGCGAACAAGGAGGAGCUCCGAAAGAUCAUUUGCGAAUUUAUUCAAACUCAAAAUUACGAGAAGGCGUACAAGAAGUUGAUGGGCGGAGACUGGGGCGCACGGCUACCCCAUACAAAGUCCAAGCAGCAGCAAAUUAAUCUGGAGAAUCACAUCAAACGAUACUUGCGAGUCUUCGACAAGGACUCCGGCUUCGCCAUAGAGCCGUGCUACAGAUACAGCCUGGAGGGACAAAAGGGUGCCAAGAUAUGCGCCACCCGCAAAUGGAUGAAGCAUGACAAAAUUUCCUGCCUCGUCGGUUGCAUAGCGGAGCUUAGCGAAAAGGAGGAAGCUGCGUUACUGCAUCCCGGGAAAAAUGACUUCUCUGUGAUGUUUAGUUGUCGAAAGAACUGCGCCCAAUUAUGGCUGGGACCAGCCGCGUACAUAAACCAUGACUGUAGAGCGAACUGCAAGUUUGUGGCGACGGGGAGAGACACCGCAUGUGUCAAGGUGCUGCGUGACAUCGAGGUGGGCGAGGAGAUCACGUGUUUCUACGGGGAGGAUUUCUUCGGCGACAGCAACUGUUACUGCGAGUGCGAGACAUGCGAGAGGCGAGGGACCGGCGCUUUCGCGAGCCAGAAACCGGGCGAGGAAAUGUCGUCCGGUUAUCGUUUGAGGGAGACGGACAACCGAAUCAAUCGAACGAAACACCGGCAGCAGCCACUGAACAGGAACAAACAGCAAGUCGAUACCGCUCUCACCGAACGAAACGCGGUUCUGGUCGGAAAUACGGCGGUCGCGCCGCAAUCCCUCAGCAUAAAGGAGCUGCGACGCAAGGGGCUGACAAAGUACGACGCCGAGCUACUGAUCGCGCAAGGCUGCCGAUUCUCGGAUAUCAAUCAGCAGCAGCCGGCAAUCAGCAACGGCGAGAAUAUGUUGCAAACGCGUCCGCAUCCCUCUGCGAUCGCGACUUCCGUCACGAGGAGUCUCCGUAACAAACAGCUGUGCAAGUUUGACGGGAGCACCGGUGACGGAAGUGCUAUCAAGAAUACUCAAUCGCUCAGAGCGUCCAGACUUCACAAGAGAACGGAGUCGAAAAAGGGGAAAGUCGGUGUGAAAUCCGCAGCGCCCUGUCUCAGUAAUCCCGCUGUGAAAGACACGGAAGUGGCGGACAUCGGUCAUCGAAAGGAGGAUUCCGAUAGGGUGCCGGUACACAAGGAGAAUCUGUAUUCGCGACUACCGAAGCACCAUCUGCCACACGCGUCGGAGAUGGACGACGGUUUCUGCGUGGAGCAGCUACAACAGCGUGCCGUGGCGGAGGAAUCAAACGAAGACGCCUGUUCGCUGCGACUGACCGAGGUAGAAGACACAGGUGAAUCGAACGGCGAUGGCGACUCUGUGGAGGACGAGCGGGGAAUACCGGAUCUCAUCGCGGAAGUCGAUCCUGAGACGCAAUAUAACAUUAAUUCUUCCAGUUACAAAAAGGGAUAUUAUAGUACAAACGCCUGUGAUUCAAUCCGAUUAAGUUCCACGUCUCAAUCCCACCUUCAACAGCGUUUACAUAUCGCGGAAUCGAUUCCCGAGGAUAUGAACUGUCGCUCGAGAGACUACCAUCAUUCGUCACCCCUACGGCACAAGGGAGACGAGAACGAGCCUUGUGGCGCGGACGAGCAGGCGAAUUACGUUAACAAACGCUCCAAGGCUCAUAGCAAUCAACUUUCCUCGAUGGACGAGCACGAAGAUCGCAAGACGCCGAACGAGGAGUCACCUUGCGAGUUUGAAGACGAUGAUUCGCCGCCGCCGCCGAUCGAAGAAAAGAACAUGCUGCAGGCUGAUUUCCGAGAGAAUGACAUGUUACACGAGACGAGCUCCCGGUCAGAUGACGAAUGUUGCGCUUUAAACUCUGCGAAAGUAAUCGUGGUGCAGAAAUACGACGUGGAGAAAGAAGUGGAAAGUGAAGGUUGCGAGAGUCCGAUCACCGUCGACGCGUCGGCGGCGAGUCACUCGGACAGUGUCGAAUUUUGUGGAUUGAACUCUGAGGGAGUCGUAGAAGCAGAAGUUAACACCGAGAGCGUUUUAAAAUGUUACAGCACUAUAGUUUCAAAUCGGGAGGAAGAGGAGGGCAUCGUGACGAAAAGUGAUGCGUACGUCGCGAGCGUCGAGCCUGGCAUCAGACCCGAAAUGGCGACGUUAUGCGCGACGGAGACGGACUCCAUAAUAAAUAUUACGGAGGGAAAUAAUGCGACGGUUUUUAGCAACGUACAGAUUACGAACUAUAAUAGCGAUUUAGCCGGCCAUACGAAUUUAGAGGACAAUCGCGAUCCUGCGUUGAAGAGAUCGACAUCCAGGCGGAAAGAUCACGCUUUAGACGCGUCCUCGAAGCUGGCUCGCAAGUUGCAGAAAAGACUUUCGAGCGCCAAGUCCAAGUUCGGGAUUUUAACGGAGAGUCAGCAGGACAACUCCAAGAGUAAGAGCAAGAGCAAGAACAAAUCUACCAAAAGCCAGAGGAGGGAUCGACAGAGAUCGGCGACGGCCGAGAUAGGGGAGGCCGACGAUGAUUCGGGCAUCCAGGGCGAUAUUUACGAGUUUAGCGAAAAGGAGAGCAACCUGGAAGAUAUCGGCAUACUAUCCAUAAUAAGACGCGGCAAGCACGAGUCACGUCAUGCGUCCUCCUCUUUGAUAGCAGUGUCACCUGUACAGGAAAUGCAGUGCAGUGACGAGUACAAUAAAACGGAGCCACCGGUGUUGGUUCGAGAGGAACCGUGGCCUCCGACCGUGGCGCAAAGCCAACACGGCGCAGAAUCCAAUAGUGUUCAAUCAAGAGGAAACUAUAACGUUGCGGGGAGCUUGGAACGAUUGACAGCCUAUGAGAACAAUGGUAGCGCGCGAAAAUCAAGCACAAUCCCGUCCGAGUGCCAAUGGCGAACGAGCAAUCCGAGCGAUUGCCGAGUUUGUCCUGUCACGCCGGAGAGGACCGGCGGUCGGCUGAAGCUGACGUUGCGCAUGAAGCGGUCGCCCGUGCUGGACGACAUCGUCGAGUCCGGCACCAGUGGUCUGAGCGAGGACAGUUACGAGCCGGAGUACGAGGUGCUGCGCGUCGAGGGGCUGGAGAGGCGCAAACGCCGGAAGAAGCACAAGAGCAGGGACCGUGAGAGACGGCACAAGAAGUCGCGCGAAUUGAAUCUCGAUCCGCCGCCGCCGCCCAUGAAAAGAUUACGCUUGAUCCUCGGCAACGAGACACGCACCAUCGAUCUAACGCAUUCUUAACAGCUAUAAUUCCACCUGCCUCCUCCUCCCCUCCUGCUCCCUCGACU